AUGAGUUCUGCUGAUACUAUGUAAACUUCUAAAUUCAGAAAAAUGCAAUAAUCAAUCCAUAGAUGGUUAUGGCACAACACAUCCAACGAAAAAUCUAUUUCUUAAUCAUAUAUUUUAGAAGACUAAACUUUCUAUCUUGUCAGAUAGUGCUGCUUUGCAAUUGCUCUUUUAACAUGGACUAUGUCUCAACUUGAUUCUCGUCACGCUAUUAUUACUAAUUUCUAAUAUCUUACCGAAUGGGGUGUAAAUUUGACAGUCGUAUAUUUUGCUUUAUCCCUAAGAAUUAUGAAGGACCACAAAUUUGCUGAAAAAUAUUGGAAAAUUACUCACGUAAUUUUUGAAAUAGUUUACUCAGCUGAAUUUAUUAUUACUGCUAUGUACUGGGGUGCUAUAUACUAAACUAUUAAAAGAGAAAAGGAUGCCUAUUAUCUUACCUUAACAUCUCUUGAACAUGGUGGAAUGUUUGUUCUUUUAAUUAUAGAUAACAUAUUUAAUCGUAUUAAAUUCUAUAAGAGACACUUGAUCUAUCUUAUAUCUUUCAUUAUUUUUUACUUAACUAUAAAUCUGACUGUUACUCUUUGUUUUGAACCUGUUUAUGCAAUAAUUGAUUGGAAGAGCAAAGAAUCUCAUAUUUUCGCUACUGUUGCUCUUCUCAGCACUGUCUUCCAUUUCGUUAUUGCACGUAUUAUCUACGAACUUUUUAAGAAAAAGAAGGUUGAAAAGACUGUAGUUGCUGAUGAUUACUUCUUCACUGAUAAACCCUUCUAAUUAACACAUAUAAAUAAGGCCCUUGAAAAUAAGUUUGUAUGGUGGGUUCUCAUAAUUUCAGUUAGCAUGAUGGUAUUAAGCACAAUCAUCACUGCUGAGUAUUGA